UGGGGGGCUCGUCUGGGAUGUAUCCGAGGAAAGCUGAAGAAGAUCGAUGCCGUUUCGAAAUUCAAGACUCCACAGAAUCUCAAAUAGCUAGAGAGUUUUCUGGGUCUUACCGGAUACCUUAGAAAGUUUAUCUACAACUAUGCUCUUAUUUCGAAACCCUUGACUGAUCUGACUAAAAAUAAAACAAAUUUCGUAAUUGGUCCAGAAGAAGAGAAUGCGAUUGAAUCCUUAAAAAAAUACUUGACUUCCACCCCUGUUUUGGCAAUUUACAACCCGAAGCAUGACACCGAGGUACAUACUGAUGCAUCAAUCGAUGGAUUUGGCACCGUGCUUUUGCAAAAAUCACCAGAUGACAGCGAAUUUCACCCUGUCUACUUCAUGAGUAGAAAAACAACGGUUGCUCAGCGAAAAUAUUCAAGCUACGAAUUAGAGGUGAUAGCGAUUAUCGAGGCCAUAACAAAGUUCAGAUUGUAUCUCCUUGGCAUUCCAUUUAAGAUAAUCACAGAUUGCAAUGCAUUAGCGAAGACGCUAGACAAGCAAAACCUGUGCACUAGGGUUGCACGCUGGGUACUUUUGCUCCAAGAGUAACCCUACAAAGUUGAACACCGUUCAGGUUCACGUAUGAAGCACGUUGAUGCCCUUUCUAGGUACCCAAUAAUGACGGUCGUUGACGACUCCAUUGCCCUUGGUUUCAAGCAAGCGCAAGAAAAAGAUGAACACCUGAAAGCGAUUAUUAAAAUCCUAGAAGACUCCAACUCACCAUAUGAAGACUAUUUUCUGAAAGCCGGUGUCCUGUACAAACUUUUCAAGGACUUAGAACUAAUUGUAGUUCCCAAGGACAUGCAGAAGCAGAUCAUUGGUAGAGCAAAUGACCGAGGACACUUUGCUAUUAAAAAAACGAAGGCGCUGAUUUGCAACGAGUAUUUCAUCGAAAACAUUGACGAAAAAAUACAGAAGUACAUUGACUGCUGCAUUCCGUGCAUUUUGACCAACCGCAAGCGUGGCAAACAGGAGGGCUGGUUACAUCCAUUGCACAAAGAGGAUUUCCCGCUGCAUACAUAUUACAUUGAUUUCUUAGGUAAACUAGACUCCACAAAAAUUGAAAGCACAUUCUCGCCGUAAUCGACUCCUUUACGAAAUUCUGUUGGCUUUACCCUACCAAGUCAGUCACUGCCAGUCAUAGCCAAACUACGAGGCCAAAGUUAUAUAUUUGGUAACCCAGCUUGCAUUAUGUCGGACCGAGGCUCAGCUUUUACCGCGCAAGACUAUCUUGAGUAUUGCAAAGACGAAGGCAUAAAGGUGGUGAAAUCAACGACAGGCCUACCACGUGUUAACGGACAAGUGGAAAGACUGAAUGCCAUCAUUAUUUCAGUUCUAUCCAAACUGAGUGUGGAUAAUCCCACAAAAUGGUACAGACACGUCGAUCGAGUUCAACAAGCCAUUAACUCCACUUUUUCGAGAAGCAUCGACGCCACUCCUUUUGAGGUUCUAAUCGGAGUCAAAAUGAGAAACAAAGAUGACCAGAAGCUUCAAGAAAUUAUCAACAACGAGUCCACAGCCUUGUUUCAGAACACGCGCAACGACCUUCGACUCAAGGCAAGAAGUCAAAUUUUGAAAAUCCAAGCCGAAAUCAAGAAGACCCACAACUUACGACGUAAACCGGCAAAGACUUAUAAGAUUGGUGAACUAGUAGCCAUAAAACGAACGCAGUUUGGCGGCGGUCUCAAACUAAAACCGAAGUAUUUGGGUCCUUACGAAAUAACCAAAGUGAAGCACAAUAAUGCUUAUGAUGUCCAAAAAGUCGGCAUCUCAGAUGGACCAAAAAUUUCUUCAACCUGUGCAGAGUACCUUAAGCCGUGGCCCACCCUCGAAGACAAAGACGAAACAUUCGAGGCGAAUGUUUAAUCAGAAUGGCCGUAUGUGGGAGUGAGAUUGCAUUAUUCCCCGAAUCCCUCCCAUUCGUAUGACAUGACGCCCUAGACAACGACAGAAGCAACUAAGAAGACGAGUAGAAGGUCACAAGACGCAUUCCAAAGGAAAAAGACAACGAGAUGUGACGACGAUGAGACGAGCAGAGCAACAUAUCGAGAGGACGAGCGUUAGUUGCUGACGGGAUCGAGUUGAGUAAAGAACGACGUGUGACGACGGUUAAAUCAAACACAAAGAUUCAGAUUUCUUACUAGUUAAUUAAUAUUAAUAAUCAAACUUUUAAAUAUAAAACCUACUUAAUAAAUAAAAACCCCACAUUACUAUAUGUCGAAGACCUAAAAAAAAAAUUAAA